CGCGGAGCCAUCAAUGCGAAGGCAGGUGCGCGACAGAAGCAGAAUUCGCAUAUAAUGGAGCAGUAUCACACUACGUUUCAGUGGCUCAGCCAUCGCUUAACACUUCGUUCUGGUUCGUACUCGUUCACCUUAAUGUAACAAAUGAAUAAGCUUCUUGGUGUUUUCGUUUUUCUUUUCUGGUUGUAAUAGUUUCUCCGUGUAAUUUAAAUGAAAGCCGCGAUGACGUUCGCCCUGUCCUAUUGCUACCAUUAAUUUCCACGUACAAGGUUCGCGUCGUUCGCUGUUUUAAACACGAUCAUAUAUCCUUGGUAAAGGCAUGAAAGCUACACAUUUCAAUUUCUUGCGUAAGAAUUUCCGAUUUUUUACCUGUUUUAUGAUGCUCUUUGAAAGUGAAGUAGAGACAGCAACUGAAGUUUGUCCAGAAUCGGCAGAGAAGGAUGGACCACCAGUUGUUGAAAGAUUCUGCGAUGAAACUGAACGUUCACGGACAAUGCUCACAGGCUUUGCCAAAUUGUAUGAAAAAAAUCUAUUCACUGAUGUCAUAUUAUGUGCUGGACGUAAAGAAUUUCCUUGCCAUAAAAAUGUUCUUGCUAUUUCAAGCCCUUACUUUAUGGCAAUGUUUACCAAUGACAUGGCUGAAAAGAAUCAAGAAAAGAUCACUUUACGAUCAAUUGAUUCUCAAACAGCUCAGUUGGUAUUGGACUACAUUUACACUGGAUCAGUUAUGCUUUCUAAAGAUACAGUUCAGGAGUUACUAUCGGCAGCAAAUAUAUUUCAGCUGGUGUCAUUAAAGACAGGUUGUGCUUCAUUUAUGAAGAACCAUGUGGAUGUUAGCAACUGCAUUGGUGUCUACUUUUUUGCUCUUGCUCAUGGAUGUAUGGCGCUAUCAAAUGUUUCGAAAACUAUUAUUAAUCAGGAAUUCUCUCGUCUCUAUCGUGAAAAUGAAUUUUUGAAUCUUCCUGCUGACAAAGUUGUUGAAAUUAUUAGUGAUGAUAACAUUUGCAUAAGUCAGGAAGAAGUGGUUUAUGAGGCAUGUAUGGCUUGGCUUAAGCAUAACAUAAAUGAACGAGUAGGCUCUUUAGAUGUCAUCUUGAACCAUGUUCGCUUUGCCAAUAUCAACUCCUACUAUUUCUGUGAUAAAAUUGAUUCUGAUCUGUCUCUUUUAAGUUAUGAAAACGUCCAAAAGACUCUACACUCUGUUCGUCUGUAUUAUAUGCUCAAAAACCGUCAUUUAGAACUGGGGCUCAAUCUGAUGCCACGCAGAGGUAUGGACUUUAAACGAGGUAUAGUAAUAAUUGCCAAUCCGUAUGCAGAAGAUCCACAGAGGAAGUAUGGUGUGAUGGAAAUACUCUUUCCUAAAACUGGUAAUGUUCGUUAUGUAUGUAAACUCCCUCAAGGUCUUUGCACACCAGGUUGUGCAGUUACAGGAGACAAUCAGAUUUUUGUAGCUGGCGGGACAUUGCGUAAGGUGAACUAUCGUGGCUCCCAACCUGAAGGCUUAUCCAGUAAUCUUGUUAUGUUUGAUCAAGUUAGUGCUUCUUGGAUAGUCAAGGCAAGGAUGAAGAGUCCACGUACACAGUUUUGCCUCACCAUUGUUGAUGGCUACAUGUACGCUAUUGGGGGCCAAGAUGGAACAGAAGUAUUAAGCAGUGUGGAACAGUAUAAUUUCCUGGCCAAUGAAUGGAUAUCUGUUGCAAGUCUUCCACAACCUCUACGCUGUCUCGCAUCUGUUGCCUUUCGUGGUAAUUUGUAUGUAUUUGGUGGUGAAAACAACGUCAAAAUCAGUGACAAAGCUUACAAAUAUUGUCCCAAAUCCAAUGUUUGGACAGAGCUACCAUCUAUGUCCAGUCCACGAGCACUCUGUGGAAGUGUUGUACAUAAGGAUAAAAUCUAUGUUAUAGGAGGCAAUGCUGCUGUUAGCGAAAAGUGGCGAAGGGAAUUCAUUCCAGAACACUGUGUUAGUUCUGUGGAAAUCUUUGAUCCAGAGACAGAAUCGUGGUCAAUGGGGCCUGAAUUACCAAAUGCAUUAUGUGGAGCUGGCUGUGUCAGCUACGACGGUAAAGUGUUAACUGUGGGCGGUGAAGAUGACAAGAGUUGGAUGGCAGGCCUUUGCUGGUUACAAGAGGACAGUAAUGGUCAAGAAGUAUGGAUGGAAGGUCAAGAGUUACCAACAGUUAUGAGUACCUUUGGCUGUGUUGUUGCAAACCUUAUAAAUCAGCUUAAUUUCACUUAAAUGCAAAGAAUCAAAGAAGCCUCUUAUCACUCCUCAUUAACAGAUUAAAUCAUCAAAUCAUCGUUAUUUUGUACUUUCUGUAUUCAUAAAACAUGGUUGUUGGUAUUUGGUGUUUGUUUCUUAGUUUAUUUGUAAACAAUCUUUCAUAAAGAACAAAACACUUUGAUGCCAUAUUUUUUAUUCUCCAUGAACUAAGCAAUUGUCUUAGUGUUUUUAAGCUGCCAAGUGAUCUGAGUAAAUACCUAAAUAAAUUUCUUCAAACUUUGAGUCAGUAGGUUUCAUACGAUUUGACUGGUUUUGUUGCAACAGAGCGCUUUAUGGAAUGACUGAAUGAGUUAAAGGAUGUGAAGGUGCAUGACAUUGUGCACAGGGUUCAGUUUAUGACAGAAUUUAGUUUCAUUGCUUUUGAUGUUCCUUUGGCCAACAUUGCAUUAUUUCUCACUGGAGCUGAUGAAAUUGGCUCCUGCAAUGUGCUGGGGUUUCUCUUCAUUAACCAUUCCUAUGUAUAGUUGACCCUGUACUUAAGUAACAACUCACUGUUUAAUAUGCACAUAACCAGAAACAGCCAAAUUGUAUGAGUGUGAGAGUAAAGUAGCCUUACUUUAUACUGAAAUUUAUGGGGUGAAUAUUGCUGAGUCAGUAUAGAAGCCCCAAUCACUUUAUUUCUCAAUACAGUGUAAGGUUGUAAGGUUUUAGCAUUUUUGUAGAUUUUGCUGAUAUUUUGUUGUUUUAAAAAUAGUGUGUGAAUGGUGCAACUGUUUUUAAUGUUUUAGGCUUAGUUAACUAAAUUUUAUUUCAAUUGAAGAACUUUAAUUGAUGAUAUUCUUUAUUCAGUCAAAUCAUUGUGCAUAUUAAUAAAUUGAUAACUUUGUUAUAGACUGAAGAAUGUCCUCUGUAGGGGUAUUCUUUUUUAUUGUUUUUCUAUGCUAUUAUUUCUUCAAAUUUGGACUUUUCUUAAGAUCGUCACUGCUAGCGGGACCGGUUUUAAACCAGUUAACCAAAUUUGUUCAAACUGGGCUCUGCACCAAAAGAGGGCCCAGUGCACAUGCUCAAGUGGAGGUCACUAUGAUGAAUUUGUAGUAUACCAUUGUGGUUAAUGAUGGAGCCUCAAGCUCCCAAUGCAUUUUGACUGGGAAUGGCAGACUACAGGAAGCAUAAAACACCAAUCUUCAGCUCUUGUACAGUGCCCCACUGACAGGUCUCUAAUUGAGCCAUGCACUUCCUAGUGCUGACCCCUGUUGCUAGAGUAUAUGCUUUGUAUAUUAGGUGCUAAUUCUGUAUCUAAAUACUUAAGUGAAGUUGUAGAACCUGCUAUUGACUAGGCUUUCUGAGGCAAUUAGCAUUAACUACUUUAUACUGAGGUAUAAAUCAAUAUGGCAAUAAGUUUCUAUGUAGUCUCUUAAAGCUGCUCCAACUAAUUAAUAAAUUUCAAUCAGUAUAAAGCUCUCCAUAUAUUUGACAAUUCAGUUCAUUUUAGCCCCUGUCAUCCCUUUAAAAAAAUUUUUUUUUUAGAUGGUUUCACUUCAUUUAUUUCAGUUUACAUUGAAAACAGUUAUGACUUAACUGCCUCUCUUUCUGUCUAAAGUGUCUCUGAUUCGAUUGAAAGAUUUGAAUGGAAAUCAUUAUCAAUAAUUAUAAACAUGUUUUUCUCACUUUUCUCUUUUGUAAGGUUCAAAUAUAGCCAGCAUCGACUUCACCUAUCAUCCUUGAAGGGUUGAUAAAAUAUAACAUCUGCCAAAAACUGGGGUUGAUUUGACUAACAUUAUUUCUUGCUCACUAGAAAAAAAAAAAACUCUGGCUUUUUGUCUGCUAAAAACAAUUUCUUCCUCUGUUACCCAUAAGGAUAGGUUCUGUGAAGUUACAACCACUGAUCUGCUUUUUUUUUUUUUAUAUAUGGUUUUCACCUGUAACCUCAGGAUUCUUAACCAUUACAUUUCAUAUUUAUGUUUGAAGUGUAUCUAGAUAAGCUCUUGGUUAAAGUAACUUUUCAUGGAUUAUAUCGGGAACUAAUCAUAGAUUUCUUGGGACUGUUCAUCUAUCCAUAUAGACAAUGGCCAUAUCAUCACUCAUAAGUUUGUGGACUCAUUGUAACUGAAUAGCUGACAAGUUCAAUAUGGGUACAAAGCAUUAUUGGACAGGUGUGGUUUGAACUCCUGUGCUAAUGCACAGAUGGCUCUGGACUUCCAUGGGUUUCUCUUCUUUUCAGCUUAUCUGAUCUUGGUUUUCUCCAAUGUGCUGACAUGUUUCCCAAGCUUACUUUGUCAUCUUAAGAAUCAAAGAAUCUGAAACUAGGCUUUCAGAUCUGAACUGAGCUUUAACAAAUAUCUCUCCAUGUUACACUGUCCUCAUAUUUGGCAUUGGAUAAGAUCAUUGACAUUGUUAAUUGCUGUAGCAUUGUUGUUCUGUGCUCACUGUAUGUCUUUUAUUGUUAUGAGCACUGUUUGAUUGAACAUGCACCUCUUCUACCUAAACUUAUCUAUUACACCCACCUAUUUGCUUCUUGUCUGUCACCUGUAAUAAGUUUCUUUCUCUAAGCAUCAUGCCACAUUGCACCUCAUUUCCAAAACUGACCACUGCUGUGAAAUUCUCUCAACAUAUUCCUUCAAUACACUUAUAUAAGUUCCAUAUUAUCUGCACCAACCUCAGAAUGGAUUCAUAUGGGAAUUAUCUUCACUCAUAUGUAAAAGGAGAAAAAAAUGUUAUUUAUUAAAACCUAACCUUUCUAUCAAUCAAUAUAUACUGACCAUGUAGGAAUACAGUUUUAAAAAAAAUUUUUAUCUAGAAUUACUUUUGGGGUUAAUGGCAAGUUGACAACCAGCAAGUUCUAAGAUAUCUUUUGUUUUAAUUCAGCACCAUUUGUAUAUAGCCUCUACCUCUUCCUUCAGCUGUUUUUCUAUUGAAUUUAUACUAAAGAUAUGUUACAUCUAAUAUCUGUUUUUGACUGGCUGCCACCUUCACAUUGUUGCAGUGCAAAUUAUUGAUCUUGUUCAAUGUUCUCGCCUCACCUAAUUCUCACCUGUUCCAACCAAGUCACCCAAGUUGCUACUUGAAGUUUAGAAAAAUGUCAAGAUUUUGUUGUCAUUUCUAAUCAUUUUAUCAGUUGUGAUAUUUUAUCUAUUGAAAUAAAUGACAUGGUAUUAAAAUUGAAGGGAUUUUUUUUUUCCACUUAAGAUCUUUCUCAUGAGCUUUAAUAAGAUGUUUUUUUGUGACUUAUGCCAGCUGUUGAGAUGUUUCUUGUGAUCUACAUCUAAUCUGUUAUUUUUCCAUGUGAUCUGUUGAGCAUUAUCAUUCAGUAUAGUUACUUGUAAUUUGUUCAGUUUAAUACAAUUUCAGUUGCUGCUAUUCUGCACAAAUGUCCGUUUUUCUCUAUCCCACAUUCUUUAUAAAUAGAGCAGUCACCCCCCCCCCACCCCGUAUCAUCAUUUUAUAUUUGUUUCUCCACGCUGGCAUGAAAUAGGCAGAUCUCACAAUGUUACACCAUCCAUUGCAGUCCUCCAUCAUCAGGCAUAUACAACAGCUAGUUUUCUAUGUUGUUUUUGGCAUUUGUUUUAUGUCUGGUGCCCUUAUCACCAACCAUUUGACAACUUAGACUGGGGUGGAUUUUAUCAUGCUCCCUGUAUUAGAGAUCAUCCUCAAUAAGACCAAAGAGUUCCCUUUUUCCCCUUCUGUUGUCUUUGUUCAUUUUUUGAAACAGCACAGCUUUUUAAGGUUUAGAGGUUUAUUCAAAAUUUUCAAAAAGCAGUUUUCAUAAGUGAAAAUUUGAGACUAGUUUAAACCCACCUGGUUUUAUCAUUUACCUUUUAUGUACCAUUGUUGAUAACAUGAAUCUUAAAGAAUGUUUAUUUUUUUCUGUUAAUAUUUCCCAAAUUUGAUUUUGUUAAAAUUUUAAUGUUGGUAGUGUUACGAUGAUAAGCUUGCCCAUCCCUCAUCCUUUACCCGGUGAAUGUUUGCAAUACAUGCUGUUAUGCUUCAUGGAGAUGAGAUAGAAUUAUCAAGCUUUCAUGGAAGUUGAGGAAAUGUAGUGAUCUUGAUGUUGUGUGUGAUACGAACACUACCAACUGAAUUGUUAGGAUAACAGGUUGAAAUUUUGUUUUUCUUUCAUUAGUGCAUCGUUAUGCUGCUACAUAAAUGCACCUAAUACUUAUUGGUCCAAUCCAUUGAGCUGUGAAUAGGUAUUAUGAAGAGGGACAAUUUGGUCUUGUGAGCAACAGAUGAUACUAUUACCUCAUUCAUGAUAUAAAAUCCUUCCACGAGCCACUCAAAAGUUAAUGGAUAAUCUCAGUGGCAUUAUUAUCCAAGCUAUGCAAAAGCAUGAGACCUUGUUAUGUAUAUGGUUAUUAUGUUCAGUAUGAUAACUGGUAGUGUGUUCUAGAUAAACUUUAUCAAUGUAAUGUAUAGAGAUGAACUACGGUUAGUUGGUUCGAAGAGAAUUUUUGAUAGCUGUAACCAUGGUGGCCCUAUUGGAAUGAAAAUAAAGUAUAGUUGAAUACUUUUGCUGUAGAUGGUUUUUUACAUCACGGCUAAUUUCUCCAUCCUCUUUAUUAUGGUGAAUUUUAAGUUGUUUGUACUUAGAUUUUUUUUUAGCCUAUCUUAGCCCAAUUUAGUAUUUGUUGGUUGAUAGUAGAAACCAGUUAAGUGUUUGUAGUUUGAGUAGAAUUACACUUGCUUUUCUAGUUUAACUGUAGUUUUGUUCAAUAAAGAUGAGAUUUAUUGGAAGUUUUACAUACACCCUUCCCUUUAAUAUCUGAUAUAUUUGGUUUAAAGUUGUAGUGUUACUGAAUUUUGCUUUAGAUUUACAUCAUUUCUUCAAUGUCUAGUUAGAUAUUUAAAAAAAAUUGAUAUUUAAUACAACGAUACUUAUUUUCCCUUCUUUCACUUUCAAUAUUAGUUGAUUCUUACUUCACUGAAAAAUAAUGGCUAUGUUUUUCAAACCAGAAAGUCUUCAUUUUCAUAUUUUAUGUCAUUUUGAGCUGGUUCUGGGCAUCUGCUUUCAUCUUUCGUUCAUCCCUCCAUUGACCUUGAUGAUUUCCUUUAGGUUACACUUGCCAGUCUUGUCCUGCCUUCUCUCUAUUAAAUGGACCAAUAUUAAGUCUUACACAAAGGAGACCCUUUAUUUUUCACUUAUUUGUAUAUUUGAACCAGUUUUGUCAUGUAUCUACAAGAUUGUGUCAACAAUUUUGCUUAUUUACUUUUGUAUCUCGUGUAUAUAAUUAUAUAUUUGUAAACAUAUUAAAUUAACAUAUUUUAUAUCAUCUGUGCUGGAAUUUGAUUUUUUUUUCUUUUGUAAAUUUUAAUAAAAGAUGAGUAAGCAUGA